AGUGAAGAUUCGAAGUUGGAAGUUAAAGAUCGAAGAGAAUCGCUUUCUACGGUGAAACGGUGGCGACCUUUGUUUGAUCCUUAUUUGGAAGGAUUUCGUUGACUAUCUUCGUGUUAAUCCCUAGGUUUAACUAGAAAGGAUUGAAGGUAGUGGAGAAGGAAUGGUCAGUGCCUUUAAGCCGUUCUGUUUCGUAAAUUCUUCGUGAGAAGUUCGACGUCGGGGAUCGGAGCAAGCGACGUGAAAGAGAAUUUAAAUCGUCCUAUAAAGUCUCUCCUUUUAAAUGGACUUUAAAGUUAGACCUGCGAUGAGCGAUUUAUUGGAAGAAAAACCGCAACUGAAAGGAAACCACGACUGAAGACGAGGGAACAGCAACAAGUGAACCAGCCCGAAGACUGAGAGCACCGACUGGACAGAACCCUCCUGACUCAGAGUUUCCAUUGAUUCGGUCAGCAGAAAGUCUGAUUGUACCUGUAUUAAGGUGUAAAAUCCCGCUCCCCAUACUAACACUGGUUAUCCAGACCAAAGAACAAACUGCCGCAGGAACUCAGUGGGUCGGGCAGCAUCUGUGGAGGGAAAUAGACCGUCAACAUUCCGGCCGAGACCCUCCCUCUGGACUGAGAGUGGACGGGAAAUAGUCAGAGAAAAGAGAACAGUAAAAACUGAUCACACCUCUCACCAAAAUGGGUCAAGGUUCGAGCAGUGGAAGAGCUCCAGUGACGUCAGCAUCGGGAAAGGACACGGGUCCGGGCUCAGUGAUCACCGAGCUCCUGGCAAGCUGUGACGAUUCCCAGCUGCUGCGGUUGACGGAUAUCUACCGGGACAGGCUGGAGCAGGCGAUGGAAGGAGGGGUGCACGGAGUGAGCCUGGCGUUAAUGGCCAAGAAUCAGUUCAGUGUACAGGAACAUCGGAAAAUCUCUGAUCUCGCUGAUAAGGGAGAGCGGGCGGACAGUUCUAAACUCCUCCUGAGCCUGGUGAUGGAGAAAGGCUCCCGCGCCCCGAGGGUGAUGUGGGAAACCUUUGUGAAAAUGAGGAUUGGUGUUCCAGAGUUGGACAAAAUACUGAAGGAAAUAAAGGAAUAUGGUUGUGAUUCUUCCCAUCGACCAAUUCCUGCUCAACAUUUACUAAAGGUUCUCAGUGAGCUGAAAGGUCCGGGCUCAGUGAUCACCAAGCUCCUGGCAAGCUGUGACGAUUCCCAGCUGCUGCGGUUGACGGCUAUCUACAGGGACAGGCUGGAGCAGGCGAUGGAAGGAGAGGUGCACAGAGUGAGCCUGGCGUUAACGGCCGAGAAUCAGUUCAGUGUACAGGAACAUUGGAAAAUCUCUGAUCUCGCUGAUAAGGGAGAGCUGGCGGACAGUUCUAAACUCCUCCUGAGCCUGGUGAUGGAGAAAGGCUCCCGCGCCCCGAGGGUGAUGUGGGAAACCUUUGUGAAAAUGCGGAUUGGUGUUCCAGAGUUGGUCAAAAUACUGAAGGAAAUACAGGAAUAUGGUUGUGAUUCUUCCCAUCGACCAAUUCCUGCUCAACAUUUACUAAAGAUUCUCAGUGAGCUGAAAGUGAUCACUGAGCUCCUGGCAAGCUGGGACGAUUCCCAGCUGCUGCAGCUGACGGACCUCUACAGGGACAGGCUGGAGCAGGCGAUGGAAGGAGGGGUGCACGGAGUGAGCCUGGCGUUAACGGCCGAGAAUCAGUUCAGUGUACAGGAACAUCGGAAAAUCUCUGAUCUCGCUGAUAAGGGAGAGCGGGCGGACAGUUCUAAACUCCUCCUGAGCCUGGUGAUGGAGAAAGGCUCCCGCGCCCCGAGGGUGAUGUGGGAAACCUUUGUGAAAAUGCGGAUUGGCGUCCCAAAGUUGGACAAAAUACUGAAGGAAAUACAGAUAUAUGGUUGUGAUCCUUCCCAUCGACCAAUUUCCGCUCAACUUUUACUAAAGGUUCUCAGUGAGCUGAAAGAUGUUCGAAGGAAACACAUGGAGACUCUGCGGGCACAAACCGAAACACUGAGAGUGAACACGAUCCUGAUGAGGGAGAAGGUGAAGGUUUUCCAGCUGGUUGAUCGAUACGGUGAGCUCACGGUCAUUUCUACUGUUCGAGAUCGGAGACUGGUGGAACAUGAGCUGCUGGCAAGAGGCAGAGACCAUGAGGAGUGGAGAGAAAAACAUCUCUGCGGAGAGCUGCAGAAACUCCAGAUGGAUCAGUUGUUCCAGAGCAGCUUUUCCCAAACUAACUCCAAAUCUGGGAGUUCAGCAGCAGUGGCCGGAGUCCCGGGGAUCGGGAAAACAACAAUGGUACAAAAGAUUGUUUACGACUGGGCCACAGGGAAAAUAUACCAACAAUUCCAGUUUGUCUUCAGUUUCAAAUUCCGGGAUUUAAACACCAUUAACAACAGAAUAAACCUGAGGGAACUGAUUCUGGAUCAGUAUCCCUACUUCGGGAAUAUCCUGAGAGAAGUCUGGAAGAACCCAGAGGGAUUGCUGUUUAUAUUUGAUGGUUUGGAUGAAUUCAAGCACAGAAUCGAUUUUGCUGACAGUCGGAGAGAUACAGAACCCAAGCACCAGUGCCCAGAUCCCGAGUGGUGGUGUGAAGUGUCUGAUAUUGUGUACAGUUUAAUCCAGGGCAAGCUGCUCCCAGGGUGUUCAGUGCUGGUGACCACCCGCCCCACUGCGUUACAUUUAUUGGAAAAGGCGGAUAUCAGUGUCUGGGCUGAAAUCCUGGGAUUUUCAGGUGAGGAACGGAAGGAAUAUUUCAUCAGGUAUUUUGAAGAUCAGACGGUGGCCGAAGCUGUUUUCAAACACGUGAAGGAGAACGAGAUCCUGUACACCAUGAGCUACAACCCCUCCUACUGCUGGAUCCUCGCUCUGGCACUGGGCCCCUUCUUCAUACAAAGAGUCAGGGACCCGCAGAGAGUUCCCAAGACCAUCACCCAACUGUACUCCUACUAUAUUUACAACAUCCUGAAAAACCAUGGUCGUGAGAUUGAGAACCCCCGUGAUGUGUUACUCAGGGUUGGUCAGAUGGCCUUCAGAGGAGUGUCCAAGAGGAAGAUUGUGUUUACAGAUGGAGAUUUGAUCAACUACAAUCUGCAGCCUUCUCAGUUUCUGUCCGGGUUCCUGAUGGAGCUUUUGGAGAGAGAGGAUUCUGCCCAAAGCGUGGUCUACACAUUCCCACACCUCACCAUCCAAGAGUUUGUAGCUGCAGUCGCACAAUUCCUGAAUCCACAUCCCGGGGAUAUCCUGAAAUUCCUCACUAAAGCCCACAACACGACAGAUGGGCGAUUUGAGGUAUUUCUCCGUUUUGUUGCUGGUCUCUCCAACCCAAUGACAGCUCGGGGCCUGGAGGAGUUUCUGGGUCCAUUUCCCAAUGAAACAACCUGCCGGGUGAUUGACUGGGUGAAGGAGGAGGUUAAACGCCGGAGUGGAAACACAGAGAGUGAAGCCGGUAAAAGGAGCCUCCUGAACACAUUGCACUACCUGUUUGAGUCUCAGAAUCGUGGACUGGCUCAGGCCGCUCUGGGAUCUGUGGAAAGGUUUUCACUCAGUGGAAUGACUCUGACCCCGAUUGACUGCGCGGUCCUGUCUCAUGUCAUCGGACUCUGUGAUACAAUAAAACAGCUCAACCUGGAGGGCUGCCACUUUCAGUGUGAAGGAAUCCAGCGGCUGGGACCAGGGCUGCACAAGUGCCAGGAGUUGAGACUUGGGCAUAAUGAACUGGGAGAUUCAGGAGUGAAACUGGUGUCUUCGGCUCUGAGGAACCCGGAGUGUAAAAUACAGAUACUGUGGUAAGUACCAGACUGUGGGAGAUUGUGUUUACAGUCACUGGGUGUCUGACACUGAGAAUGAAUGUGAUCAGUAGACACACAGAAAACAUACAGGACAAUACAGGCCCUUCGGCCCACAAAGCUGUGCUGAACA